AUGAACAUCUUUACUAAGGUCCCAGGAUUAGCCCAACAAACCAGCAAGCUGGGGUCUGUGCUCCAACGUGCCUUCUACGGGUCCAGUGGGAGGGUGACCCUUUUCGAGCAGCGUAACUUCGCUGGCAGGCGUCUGGACCUGAGCUCCGACUGCUCCAGGCUCAGCGACAAGAACUUCCCAGAGAGAUGUAACUCUGUGCAGGUGGAGAGCGGAGCAUGGGUCGGCUACGAACAUGAGAACUUCCGGGGCCGUCAGUACCUGUGGGACAUGGCCGACAGGGGGGAGUACAACUGCUACGACAAGUGGUGCGCUCAGGUGGACCACGUCUCCUCUGUCCGCUCCGUCAAACAGGACAACAACCCUGCCAGAGCUCAGCUGUUUGAACGAGCUGGUUUCUCCGGUAAGAAGAUGGAGAUUCAGGACGACAUCCCGAACCUGAUGAGCCGCUACAGCCUCAACAGAGUCGCCUCCAUCAGGGUGCUCGGAGGAGCCUGGGUGGUUUAUCAGGAGCCCAACUACAGAGGAGCUCACUACAUCCUGGAGAAGCGCGAUUACAACAACUUCUCAGACUGGGGCAGCCAGAACAGCACCGUGGGCUCCAUGAGGAGAGUCCGCUUCAACUGA